AGACAACUUUAUGUUAUAAAUGGAUAUUUAGGGAUGAGGAUGAGAACUAGCCUAAAAUCUGGGGACGUGAAUGCAGAUUAUCCUCAAUAGGUAAAAAUAUCGGUAGACUCUGUCUAUGGCUCUGCUUCAGUGUACGUCAGCAGUUAACAGUUCACAAUUCUCUUCUUUGUUACUUAGAUCCUAAGAGCCUAACACACACACACACACCAUCACCACCCAAAAAAAGAAAAACAAAGAAACAAAGGAACAGUAAUGGCUUUCUCUGCUGCAUUCUUUUUCUCCUCGUCUUCUUAUUCACCAUGUUUCACUCUUUCUUGCAAAAGCAAAACCUGGAAUAGACAAUUUCUCUCCCUAAAGCAACAACCCACUUUGGUUAAAGCUUCUUCUACCUCUCUUGAUUAUUCCGCUGUCUCUUUAUCUGAUAAAACAUCAUUCCCAUUAAAGUCAAGUAACUGGGAAUGGAAAUUUAUGGAAAACUCCAUCAACAUCUAUUAUGAAGAACAUAAAAAAGAGAGGUCUGAUCCACCUAAAAAAAUCCUUAUGAUACCAACGAUUUCUGAUGUUAGCACGGUUGAAGAAUGGAGAUUGGUGGCCAGAGACAUUAUUCAACGAGAUGGCAAACUUAAUUGGCAGGCUAUGAUUGUUGAUUGGCCUGGUUUGGGUUAUUCUGACAGGCCAAAAAUGGAUUACAAUGCUGAUAUCAUGGAGAAUUUUCUAGUUGACUUCAUAAAUGCACCGGAUGGCCCAUUGCAGCACACGGGUGAAAAUGAUUUGGUGGUUUUUGGAGGGGGGCAUGCUGCAACUAUAUUAGUUCGUGCUGUAAAAAAGGGUUUAGUGAAGCCAACAGCUAUUGCUGCUGUUGCACCAACUUGGGCUGGUCCUCUUCCUAUCGUGUUCGGUCGAGAUUCUAGCAUGGAGACAAGGUAUGGGAUGCUUAGGGGCACCUUAAGAGCCCCUGCUGUGGGUUGGAUGCUGUAUAAAAUGCUUGUCAGCAAUGAGAAGGCAAUUCAAUCCCAGUACAAAUCUCAUGUCUAUGCAAAUCCCGAGAAUGUGACUCCAAGGAUUGUUGAAAGUAGAUAUGCACUAACAAAACGGAAGGGCGCUCGUUAUGCACCUGCUGCUUUCUUGACAGGUCUCAUUGACCCAAUCAAGUCACGAGAAGAGUUUCUUGAGCUCUUUGCGGAUUUGGACGGAAAGCUACAGGCGCUUGUUAUUUCAAGUGAAGGAAGUCCAAAGAGGUCCAAAGCAGAAAUGGAAGCACUCAGGGGAGCCAAAGGGGUGAGCAAAUUUGUUGAGGUUCCAGGUGCUCUUCUGCCACAAGAAGAGUAUCCUACUAUGGUUGCUGAGGAGCUUUAUCGUUUUUUACAAGAAAACUUUGAAUAAUUGAUGUUUUUCAUGCUUAUAAACUCCAAUUUACCCCAAUUAUUUUACUGAGUUUUGAUAAGAUUGCAACCCUCUUGGGAUUUCUACUUUAAACAUCAUAUGUUACUUCUUGUACAGAUCUUUAUGGGAGCUGGCCAUACCCCUAAGUCCUUACCUUAACUGCAAGGAGAAGGAUGCCAAAGGCAGGCCUAGAUCUAUAGUAUAUUAAAAAUAGCUUUAUUUUGCAA